UAUUUCGUAACAUUCAUAUAAUAUAUGGCAGCUUCCCGAGCUUCAGCGCUAUUCUGCUCACAAUUCUUAAAAAUGAGUCAAUUAAAGCCAUUUACUCGGUGCAGUGUUACUGCUGCAAGACAUCUGAUAUUCCCAGCACCACUCAGAUGUGCAUCAUCAUCAUCGACUGGUAACCAAGGUGAUGGAGGCAAACAAUCUCCAGAGGGAGCCCCACUUAAGAAGCCAUUCACCCCAGUGGGCAAACAUGACAACCAGAUGCCAGAGAAGCACAGGGAUGCUGAGAAGAAUCCUUUGGAAGCUUUCCCUGAUGAUGUGAAUCCUGUUACGGGUGAGAAGGGAGGACCAAGGGGCCCGGAACCAACCAGAUACGGGGACUGGGAGAGGAAAGGACGAUGCAUCGAUUUCUGAUCAAAUUUAUAAUGGACAGACGAAAGUCAUGGACAUCGAGGCAAGAACUUGGACAGAGACAACAAAGUUCAUGGAGAGUAUUAUAUUUUCUUUAACUUAUUGGAACCAGAAGUGAGAACUGAUGCUUGAUUAUGAAGAUAUCUUGAUGAAUAUGAUUUUAGAAGUGGAAGAGGAUUUAUGAUUUAUUAUACAUAUUCAACGGAAGAUGCUUCUGGUGGAUUGAUAUCGAUACAUAGAGAGUUUGACAGGGAGACAGAAACAGAUAGACAGAGAUAAAGAGCGAGGGGGCGAGUGAGGGAGAUCUUGAAGACUUGAACCAUGAACUUUAGCUUUCUUAAUUCUUUGUUUGAAAAAACACCACAUUCAAAUUAACUCAGAUGACAGACAUGAAUGUAAAUCAUCCAUACCAUGGUUGAGAGAAAUGUUAUUCAGAGUUAUAUGUAUACCUUAUAUGUAAAAGAUGUCACAUAAGGAGGAUAUUCAGUCACUUAUCCAAUCAAUCCAAUAAAAAAAUCAAUGAAUGUUGUCACACGUUCAGAUGUUGAUGAAUUGCCCUUGUGAUUCUUGAUCUGAAGAGUGGAAUAUUGACGGUUCUCGCAUGAUAGUUUAUUACUAUACACUGUACUUAUAUAAGAACAGAGAGGCCUAUUAUUCUCAGGUUAUCCGUCAAGGAACAUUCUUAAUAUAAAGUGUUCCUUUCUUGAAAACACCAAAGGUCUGGUAUUUAGAAAUAAUGGUGUGCUAACCCAGGAACACAUGUUUCUAUAGGCUGUCAAAAACAUAAAUAAACAUUAAUUUGCUUUCCAAUGAAGUGCUAUCAACAGGUUUUUGUUAAUUAAGGAUAUUUUUUAAGUUAAAGUUAAAGAAAUUACAUUUGUUGUUGUGCAAUUUGAAUACUUUUUUUUUAAAGAAUCUUGUUUUGUCAGUAGUUGCUAAUGUAUUCACCUAAUAAUUAGGUGUGAUAUCAAGUGCAGUAGGCUUCUAUAUGACUUUUUGUGUUUUUUUUAUUUUUUGUGGAAAAAUUAUAUUACAUUAUUGUCAUAUUCAAUUUUAGUGUGUAUGUAUUAUUCUGCAAAGUCCAUUCCUACAAAAGCAUCAUCAUUGACUGCACUAAGACUUACUUAUGAUCAUUAUCUCUCAAUGUGUAUUCCAAUUCCAUUCAUGCUCUCUGUCCAUGUGACACACUGGCACUCACUUUGCAAGACAUAGGGGCAUGUAACACAAAGCCUAGAAAUCAUUGUAUUUUUUUUAUAAAAUCGAUUGCAAUGAUUACAAUGUACAGUUGAAAGGAAGUUCACCUUAACAAAAGUUUGUUGUAAAGAUACUAGGAUAAAAAAAUAUUGGUGAAGGUUCGAGAAAAGUUAAGAAAGUUAUUAGAAUUUAAAGUGCUUGAUUUGUGACCUCGUACAAACAGCUGCCCCAUAUGUUAUGUCAUAUGAAAUGCAUGAUGCAUGAUUUAUUGAAUGUUUCCUAAUGACUAAAAUAUUUUCCCAUUCAGGAGUGGGUAUGGAAUGAUUAGAACAAUAAAAUCAUUUACAAU